AUGAACACUGACAAUAGCAGCGACAACUUGGAGCUGAUGAAGAUCGUUGCGGGUCAAAGGAUUCCAGCAGCAGCAGCAGCAGCAGCAGCAGUUGAAGACAGCUACAAUUCUCAAGGAAGAAAACACCACCAAGCAGGGAAUCGACAUUCAAGGGAGAAUCUCUCUGCACUUGGUCCGCUUAAUGAUACCAAGAGUACAGGUAGUCACGAGAAUGAUGGCUUUGACUUGAUGGAAAUUGUAGCCCAAAGAGCUGCUGAUGCCAGGGCGUCCAUGGACUCUGAACAGGCUCAAGAGCCAGGUUUCCCAAAGUCCAACAAUCAGGCCUCACACCCACUGAGAAAUCUCACGGGUGUUAUGGGGGAACAAGAGCACGACAAUAUUCAAAGCUCCAGUAUUGGAAUGACAUCCUUGAGGCUUGUGCGAAAUGUCAUUGCAGAGUUUGUACAGCCAGGAGCGUAUCCUGUUGGUGGGGUCAUAAACCAUCUUCAAGCACAAGGUGGAGCUUCGAGAUCAGACAAUGAAGACGACAACUUGGAGGAAGAAGAUAUUCAAGCUGUUGCGCAUCCCAUCGACCUUCAGAGUUCAGAGGAAUUGCUCCCCAGAGGAACCCCCUUCAUAGCAAGAAACAGAACUGUUUGGAAGAGAAAACUCUUGUGUUAUGUUUCGCUGGAAUUGAAUAUUGGAAUGCUCAUUGUGACCACUUUCCUGGUGGUUUUUGUUGUGGUAAAUCGAACUAUCGGGAGUGGAGAAAGCACCAGCCAAUCAGUCCCAGUAGACGGGUUUGUUAGGGUUCCAGUGCUGUCCGCACCCACACAAGCACCAACAAGUUCGAUUGAUGGCCUCCUGGCAUCUCUUAAUCUUCCCGACUACACCUUGGAAGCUCUACAAGACCUAAGAUCUCCCCAGCACAAGGCUUAUGAAUGGAUGUUGGAGAAUCAACUGAGUAUUCAAACCUAUCCCAAUUGGAGGCUGACCCAAAUAUUUGCUUUGGUUACCUUCUUCUUCUCCACCAGGGGAGACUUUUGGGUGAAUCAUCACGGCUGGCUAGAUUGGGAAGUACAUGAGUGCAACUGGGAACAGAAGCCUUUGGAUCCAACAACUCAUUCUCCCGACAUACAAUGUGACGAUUCUGGGCAUAUGAAAGAACAGCACUUUCAGGAACAAUUCCUACAGAGCUGGGUCUCCUGUCAAAGUUGA